CCUCUUUGCAAUAGUGUUGGAAGUGUGAGCGUACCUUUAAGAAACUGACAUAAAACGAUUAAAGAGGGUUAAGAAUUUAAAAAUGGAUUUCGAUAGUGCUUAUAUUGAUCCUUUUUUAGACGAUUGGUUAUUAUUUCUUCAAGAAAAAUCUAGAGAAAAGGAGAAAGUUAUUUUGAAAAAAUCACAAUUUUUCAUUCCAAAUAUAGGUGUACAUGAUAGCGAUGUAAGAGUAAUAUUUAAUGUAAUUGAAAAAUUUAAAUUUGACGCAAACGUUAAAUAUUUAGCAGUUCAUCUUUUUGAAAACUAUGUGAAUUUUAAAGUAAAAAAAAUUUCUGAUACUCGUGAGAAUAAUAAAAAUACAAAAUAUUUAAUUGAUUAUGAAUCAAUAAAUAAAUCAGAAAUGAAAUUACGUCUUCUUUCAUGUAUUCAACUUGCAAGUAAAAUUGACUCAAAUGAAGAGUAUCUUAAAAUGUCUCAUAUAAAAUAUAUAUUAAAGGAAAUCGAUCCCGAUAAAAUUUAUCCAAACAAAAUGAUUUUGGAUUCUGAAUUUCAUGUUUUUAAAUCAGUUGAAUUUAAAAUGCCAAUAUAUACUACAAAAAAUUGUGUUGAUGUUUUAUUGGCUGCAAGUGGACUUCGUAAUACUCAUGAAAUAGUGAAAUCAGCGUCAGUUUUUUUGGAUUUAUCUUAUAUUUGUCAUGAAGAAUUGUAUAAAAAUUUAAAAACAAUAACUCAUGAUGGUUUUCCCACGGCAUUUUUUGAUGAUAAAAAUAAUUUUCUACUUGAAUCAAAUGCAUUAUUUUUAGCAGCAUCAAUUGUAUUUUCAUCUGUAUUUUUUAUUAAUAUGGAAAAAGGAAAUUUAAAAGAAUUAUUAAAAAAAGUUGCCAUUCUCGUUGAAUUAAAAGAGACUGAUAUUUGGGAUAUGGCAAAUUCACUUCUUAGUUUAUCGUAUCAAGGAUAAAUUUAAAUAUGUCGUUUAUUAUUCUAAUUUCAAAAGCAUAAAUAUUUUAAUUUCAAGAAAAUUAUAAAAUGAAAUUUAUUUUCGUUUUACUAAAUUGU